CAAGAAUCGCGAAGACAACCGUGUGCUUACGAAAGACUUACAACUCGAGAAUCGGUUAAGCGGAUAUCAUGUGGUAGUGUCUGGCAGCCUGUCAAUACCCUGAUAUGGAACAGUAUACUAUACUUGGACGAAUAGGAGAGGGAGCACAUGGUAUUGUGUUCAAAGCCAAGCAUAUAGAGACUGGAGAAGUUGUUGCUAUGAAGAAAGUGCCUCUGAGAAGGCUAGAAGAUGGUAUACCUAACACAGCACUUAGGGAAAUUAAAGCACUACAAGAAAUAGAUGAAAGCCAACAUGUUGUCAAAUUGCGAGAUGUUUUUCCACAUGGUACAGGUUUUGUAUUGGUAUUUGAAUUUAUGCUGUCUGACUUGUCAGAAGUCAUAAGGAAUUCCGCUAAACCACUGACAGAAGCGCAGGUGAAAAGUUACAUGCAGAUGUUGUUGAAAGGUGUGACAUACUGUCAUAAGAACUCUAUUAUGCAUAGGGAUUUGAAGCCAGCCAAUUUACUAAUCAGUGAAACUGGACAUUUAAAAAUUGCUGAUUUUGGUUUAGCCAGGGUGUUUAAUAACAAUGAAGGACGUCAAUACAGUCAUCAAGUAGCAACAAGAUGGUAUCGAGCACCAGAAUUAUUAUACGGAGCAAGAAAAUAUGAUGAAGGUGUUGAUCUUUGGGCUGUGGGCUGUAUAUUUGGUGAUUUGUUAAACAACUCCCCUUUAUUUCCUGGUGAGAGUGAUAUAGAACAGCUUUGUUGUGUUUUAAGAGUUUUAGGAACUCCCACAGAAAAAACCUGGCCAGGGAUGAAGGAUUUACCAGAUUACAAAAAAAUUUCAUUUCCAGAAAAUCCCCCUAUUCCUCUUGAACAGAUUGUACCAGAUGCAUCUCCAGAGGCUUUGGAUUUACUCAAGAAAUUUUUAGUUUAUCCAUCCAAGAAAAGAAUAUCAGCUGCAGAGGCAUUGUUACAUCCGUAUUUUUUCACUGAACCAUUACCAGCUCAUCACUCAGAGUUACCGAGACCAACUCGAGGUGCAAGAAAAAGACAGCAUGCCCAACAUGCCCAUGAGUAUGAUAUAGAUACUGCAUUAGAGAAUUCAUUGGUAGACCCUGACUUGAUUGCACAGUUCGUCUAGUCGACAAGUCUCACAUCCAUACGAGUUGGACAGAAUUCAACUUUGAUGGCAGUAUUGUGGUACAAACACCUGUAUGAAAGAUCUGAAUAUCAAAAAAUGUUAUGGAGGUCUGCAAAUAUCUUCAGCAUCAUGAAUUUGUAGCCCCAGACGAUCAUGAAAGAUCCACAAAACCAUCAACUUCCAAAAUCACCAGUGGCAUUUCCUCAUUUGACCUAUAGAUGGCGCUGUUUGAACAAUUACUUUUUAAACUAUUAAAAUUACUACGAGUACAGUUUGUAAUUAUGUAUAAAAGCUUUUGAUCAGUGAGCAACUUUUUUCAAUGUUUAUUAUUUAUUUUAUUAAACAUGAUUG